AUGAGCAUUUUAACGCCUAUACACUAUGUCGAUCUUGUCAACGGUACACUGAACAACAAUCUGACAAUAAAAACAAUAUCAUCAUCAACAAUAAUUACAUCAGCAAUGCCUGUUUCGGCAAGACUAUUAACUUUAACAUGCAUGAUAUUUAUCGAUAUAAGCGUAUUUUUCGGUAAUUUACUUGUUAUAUGUGCUUUUUUUCGUACACGACGUUUACAAACAGUAACUAAUUAUUUUAUAGCAUCGUUAGCAUUUGCUGAUGCUUUAGUUGCGAUAUUUGUUCUUCCAUUAAGUAUUUAUUAUCAUCAACGUGAUCAUUCAUGGCAACUUGGUUUAAUCUUGUGUGAUCUGUGGGUAUCAUCGGACGUACUUCUAUGUACUUCUAGUAUACUCAAUUUAACUUGUAUAUCUGUUGAUCGUUAUAUGGCUAUAACAAGACCAUUAACAUAUACUGCGUAUAGAUCGAAAUUUCUUGCUCGUAUCAUGAUUUUACUUGUAUGGAUUACUUCAGUUGUUAUUACAUGUCCACCUAUAUUUGGUUGGCGUGAUUCGAAUAGAAAAUAUACGGUUGAACGUGAUCAUAAAUGCGAUUUGAAUACGGCUCGAGGUUAUGUCGUUUACUCGGCACUUGGUUCAUUUUAUAUUCCAGCUUUUAUUAUGAUAUUUGUAUAUAUACGCAUAUUUAUGGUUGUGUAUGAUCGUGAGAAUUUAAUGCAAAAGUUUUAUAAUAAUAAUAAUAAUAAUAAUCGAAAUAGAACAAUACAAACGUCACCCUCAAAAACAAAUCAAAAUGGUUUAAUCAAUAUUAAAAAUACUUCGAAUGGUGCCAAUGAUACUAAUAAUAAAGAUCUUAAAAAAAGACGUGAAAAAUCCUAUUGUUGUUGUUUAUGUUUUCGAAAAACAUUUCAACAGAAUGAUGCAAGUAUAAAUCAUCAAAGAUCAUUAUCACCAUUUAAUAAUAAUUGUCUAAAUACUGAGCAAAAACCAAAUGGUUCUCUUAUUUAUCGAUUUACAAGUAAUAAUAAUAUGAAUAUGAAUACGAGUAAUUAUUAUGAUUGUUCUAAUUCGACACCGAAUACACCACCAUUAACUUCUAAAGUAACAACGGCAGGAACAUUAUUUUGUCGCCCAUGUACAAUAUCAACAAGAAAAAUAACUCAUUUAUCCAAGGAAAACUAUUAUCGUCGACGUAAAUAUAUGUCGCAUAUCGGCGCUCAAUAUCAAUUUCGUACAUGUGAUUCACCAUGUUACGAAUUAAAAAAUAUUCAAAAUUCAUUACCAUCAUUGAUUAGGUGUCGAUCACAUUCAUUUGAUCGAGCAUCAAUUAGAAGUAAAAAUGAUUUGAAUGUAGAAAAAAAACAAAAUCGAUCAUUUAAAACUUCAACAAUAUAUAGUUCAACAAAUUUUACUGAUAAAACCCAAAAUGAAGUCGAUAACAUCUUAUUGUCUAAUAAAGAAAACAAUUCAUGUUCUAUGGAAUGUGUAUAUCAAAUAACUCAAUCAUUAAAUGAAUUAACACAUGAUCGAACACAAUUGUCAUCAAAUGAACAGAUAAAAUUACAAGAAAUAAAGUAUCCGAAAAGGUUAUCGAAAUGUACGUCGUUAAUUGAACAGAAACCGACUAAUAAUUCAAGAGAUCCAAAUUUUCAUGAACAUAGAACUUUACCCGAACAGACUCGUAUAAAUCGACGAACGAAACCUACACGUCGACGAACAAAUGUACCGCAAAUGACGAAAUCAAUUGAAAAUUUACCACAACAGCAUAGAAUAGCACCAAAUAAUAAUUCCUCACUCCAAUCGAAUCAAUCAUCAGUAUCGAUUCAUCGUAAAAAUGUCAAUAAGAUGGAUAAUUCAAAGCGUUCUUGUUGUUAUUGUUAUUCUUGUUUAACACCAUUGAAUAAUUCAAAGGAAAAUAAAAAUAAAAAAAUUUAUUAUUGUACACCAAAUCAUUCAUUAACAUACGAUGAUGAUUAUGAUGAUGAUUACGAUGACAAAUUAUCUUCAAACGAUGCAAAUAAUCGUGCAGCAAUGAUGGUGACAUCAAAUGCAAGUUUGCGUGUUGUGGAAAAUCUAAAUCAUAAUACUUUAUUAUCAUCUAAUCGUCAUCAUCAAUCAAGUGGAAACACACAGAAUCCAUCACAUGAUGUUCAUCGUCGUGAACGUAUUCGUUUUAUGAAAGAGCAAAAAACAGCUAAAACGCUAGCUGUUGUUGUUGGUGGCUUCAUUCUUUUCUGGUUACCGUUUUUCAUUAUGUAUGUUAUACCGCCGGAAAUAUAUUCAUUUAGUCCUCAGACUGGUACCUUAAUAACAUGGCUUGGAUAUUUUAAUUCAGUUAUCAAUCCAUUUAUUUAUGCAUAUUGUUCAAAACAAUUUCGUAUGGCUUUUUGGAAUAUAACAUUUGGCAUUUGUAUUAAAAAAUCGAAGUCUAUAUCGAUCACUUCAGUUAAAACUCAGCAAGUAACGCGACAACAUACAAAUAGAUGA